AUAUCCCUCCCGUGUGUCACAGUGUGAGAGGAUGGAGUAAAGCUCCACUUGUUUCCCUCACUCUCUCAUCGCUGCAUCACUUUCCAGAGCGCUGCAUUGUUCUGCAUUAAACCCUCACAUUUCAGUCCUGUGCGCCUUUACGCGUCCUGAUCCAGCCUCAGCAUGAAGCAGAGUACCGCUCGGAGCCCCUGCAGGAGGCAGGAGCAGCGGGGAGGACAGCCGCACAGCCCCGCUGCCGUGGAGCACCGAGCAGGCUCCGGGACCAGGGACAGCGGCGCAGGGUCGGGCCCCUCGCCCCUUAAAACAGCCCGCACCAAGAGGCACCUGGAGGGGGUCCUGAGGAAAUACACUAACCCGCUCCAGGGCUGGCAGAGCAGAUAUUUUGUUCUGGAUCCAGAGGUUGGUCAGCUCCAAUAUCAUCUGAAUGAACUGAGUAAGAGCCAGCGACCGCCCAGAGGGUCUAUGCCUCUCUUAGGAGCCGUGGUGGUCUCAGCUGAUGAGUUUCAAUACAUGUUUACCAUUCAGUCCACUACUGAGGAUUCCUACAAACUCAGAGCACUGGACGCCAAGGAGCAAGAGUUAUGGAUGACUCAACUCCAGCUGUGUUCCCGACGCCACUCUGACAGCAGCGCCAAGGUGAUGAUCCAGGCUGAAGGGCAGCAGAAGAUCCUGGUCAACUCUAUAGAGUCCCUACCCCCCCGAGGUGGACCCCUCGCUUCCCUGGAUGAGGACCUUCUCCUUUUUAAGGCCACUUCAGCUGCCACUCUGAGCUGCCUGGGGGAGUGCCUCAGUAUGCUGCAGCACAAUGUGGUCCAGGCCCUCAACCAGAACCAGAACCAGAACCACAUGCCGAGUCCCAGCAACAGUUCAGCGGGUUUGAAUCAGGCAGCGGCCCCGGACAGAGUCAGGUCCUGGAGUCAGCGCUCCACUGUGAGCCAGGUGGAGCCGGGGGGCCUCAGGUCUGAGAGCCCGACCCGCAACUUUAAUGAGAGCCACAUCCAGAGCCAGGACCGGGAACACGCGGAUAGCUCUGCUGGAUGGUCCAGGUCGCUUUCUGAGAAGCAGGGGAAAAAUGUUGCAUCCUCUACCCGGCCUUCUUCCCCUCAAACACACAAGGACCCUUCUGAGUAUUUGGAAGUCAGCGGGUCUUUCCCCUUAUCUCUCUGGAUGGUGGACAUGAAAUCCAGCAAAACUCCCAACAAGUCAGCAGGGUUUGCAUGCCAGCCCAACAACGGCCAGAGCAGCAGCCCAGAGACCCUGGACCUCAGCGACGAGACCACCGACACAGAGGACCAUGAGGAGGAGGACCUGGGAGUUCUGGAUGACCAGCGCAACAUCAUGCUUCACCUCUUGUCCCAGCUCAAACUGGGCAUGGACCUCACACGGGUGGUGCUCCCUACCUUCAUCCUGGAGAAGCGUUCUCUGCUAGAAAUGUACGCCAACUUCAUGGCUCACCCUGACAUGUUCCUGUCCAUCACCUGCGGCUGCACAGCAGAGGAGCGCAUGGUCCGCUUCGUGGAGUACUACCUGACCGCCUUCCACGAGGGCCGCAAGGGGGCCGUGGCCAAGAAGCCCUACAACCCCAUCCUGGGCGAGAACUUCCACUGCUCCUGGUAUGUGCCUCGGGUCCGCGUGCGACCCCUCAGGACGACCAACUGUCCCGGUCCCAACUCAGCACCCACAGACUCUUCGAGCAUUCCCGGGUCCCCACAAAGGGGGGUGGGUGGCAGCAGCAGGAAACACUCAGACUGCUAUCAUGUUAGUUUUGUGGCAGAGCAGCUGUCCCACCACCCUCCUGUGUCAGGCUUCUACUGCGAGUGCAAGGAGAAGAAGAUGUGUGUCAACACGCAUGUCUGGACCAAGAGCAAGUUCAUGGGCAUGUCUGUCGGGGUCUCUAUGGUCGGGGAAGGUGUGCUGUAUUUGCUGGAGCAUGAUGAGCAGUACGUGUUCACUCUGCCCUGUGCCUACGCCCGCUCCAUCCUGACUGUGCCAUGGGUGGAACUCGGGGGAAAGGUCAACAUCAACUGUGCCAAAAGUGGAUACUCUGCCACUGUCACUUUCCACACAAAGCCCUUCUACGGAGGAAAAGUACACAGAGUGACAGCAGAGGUGAAGCACAACCAAACUGGAAACAUAGUGUGUAAGGCGCAGGGGGAGUGGAACGGGGUGCUGGAGUUCACCUACAGCAACGGGGAGAACAAGGUGAUAGACACCUCCAAGCAUCCAAUCAUCAAGAAGAAGAUCCAGCCUAUAGAGAAGCAGGGCCAGUACGAGUCCCGGCGUCUUUGGCAGCAUGUAACAGCGUCGCUGAAGGGAGGACAUUUGGACGCAGCCACAGACCACAAACGCUGCCUGGAGGACAGGCAGCGCCGCGAGGCCAAACAGAGAGCUGCGUCCCACAGCCCCUGGAAACCCAAAUACUUCAUUAAAGAGGGUGAAGGCUGGGUGUAUCACAACCCUCUGUGGAAGGCGCAGUGACGCGUAGCAGCUCUCUAAUCCCAGGCGACAGAUCGGGCGACGGAGGCCGAUCGCUGGCCGACACAGACAUGAGGAGAGUCAAACAGACAGACGGACAAACGGAGAGCAAGACACACGGACGGAGAAAAGAGAGUGCUACCAAAGACAACCCGAGGAAACCGGCCACAUCUCCAGUUCUGAGCGUUCAGGAGUGUGCUGGUUCAGCAGUGAGCCUCUCUUGAGAUUACAGUGUUCAGACAAAAUGGGAUUGUUUUAACUUCUGAACAAACCCCUGUAAACAGCUACUGCCCAUCUCACUUUUUAGUUGUUUAGGCAAUGUAUUAACUGUUUUGCACAAUUCACUGUACAAUACAAUGUGUGUGUGUGUGUUUUCAUGUACAGGUGUAUGCUUGUAAGAAUGGAUGGGUAAACUAUUUAGCUACAACCCUAUUUUAUAGAAUCCAGAGGGGGCAGGGCUAGUUUAGUUUGAAGCUGCAGAGCACUGAUCCUCUCUGUGCUGGAACUUAUUUAAACUUAAUAUGACAAACUACUUUAUUCAAUAUAAAUAGUGUUUUAUCUGAAGUCAUAUUCCUUAGGGGAAGGUGUCCUCAAACUGUUGUACAUACAUUUCUUAUAUAACUUUCUCUGUCAUAACAUCUAAUAAAUCCCUCCAGCCAACCACUAUGUUACUGUAGAAAGUGAAUCUGCGCCUGCUGAAUCCAGAUCUCAAUGGAACAUUUACUAUGCUGCAUUUGGCUUUAAAUGGGUCAGUUCCCCCAUAUAAACUCUUAAAACAAACAUACUCUCUCACAUCCCUCCGGUGAUAUCUCUCCAUUAAGGUGGUUUUUAUUUUAAGAUAUCUGCCCUCCAUCCAAAUACAACAGAAUUGCUGCUUAGAGAACAGAAACAUUACAUUUGACAUGACACUCCCAUUUACUGUUUAUUGGAUUUGGGAGAGCUGAUGAAAACAUGGUUAGAAUCACAAUAAAAUAAGCUAGCUGAGCCUGUUAGUGCUUAUUGAAACAACCUUAGCUUUUGCUGUAACUUUAGCUCUUACAGUGCAUUCACAUGAUUGGUGAUCAACAGCGUUUUGUUUUUCUUGCUCGCUUGCGCCGCUACAUACAGCUAGCAUCUGAUUGGUUGCACAUCGAGAGAUCAGGGGUAAACAAGGUCAAAGUUGAAUUGAUUUGAACUUUGAGUGUCAGCCUAGUCGGGCUGCAACACUCUUUAUAGAAACACAACGUCAGCGCAGAGCCAUUUUGCUGCGCAUCAUGUUAAUGCAGCUUAAGGUUAGCGUACUUAGCUAACCUGUUGACUCUUCUCCGUGGAUAAGUUAUUAAAGUAAAUCAUUUUUGCUCAUGUUUAGUUAUAUAUUUCGACUAAAGCUUCAUCUCUGUUUUUCAAGUGUGAUGAACUUGAGUUGACCCCCUCCCUGCCAUUUUCUUGCUCCUUCAAUGAGCUGCUCUACCUCUGACAAGGUGGGUCAAACCAAAACUCCAUCACCUCAAAGAUAAGACAUCCAUAAUGAAUAAUACAUCAGCUUUCUGUAACCUCUUACCUUUCCAUCCUCAGUUCCUCAAACACCUGCAUCUGACCAAUAGGGCACAAGUAAUGACUGAUAUGUGUGGGAAUACCUGAUGAGUGUCUGCUGUUUGUAACUGAUAAGCACCACAGUGCACUUUGUACAUAUGUCUGUGUGAGGCCAUGAGGCUCAGUGCACCAGUGUGGGGUGAAAUAGUCUAGCUGUCCACUGGAUUAUACUAGUAUGUUUUUUAACAGAGUAGCAGAUCAAAAAUGAAUAUUUAAAGUGUGUGAAGUAGCUGACCUUAAGCAUAAUAAUGAGUAUUUUAAUCUACGGAUCUCCGCUCUGAAACCAUUUAAGUUUUCAUUCAUAUUUAUUGGCAAUGUCUCCAGUGUCAUCACAAAGCUUCAACAUCCACCUUUUCCUAUCUCUUCGUAUACAACAAACCUAUGCAACACUUCUGCAGACGGUAGUCUCCUAUUUGUUUAAAGUAAAGAUCUCUCUUACCAAA